UCGAGGUUGAAGACAGCAAUGUCUUCGGCAAUUACAAUAUUGGUUUUACAAUUUCUUUCGCAUGGAACAUUCGCUACCGUGUUCCCUCCUUCAAGUAAUCCACCCCCUAUUCCAGCAACUGCAGUAAGGACUCUGGAUAUCGCAGGUCAAAAGUUUAUACAAGAGGAUAUACCACAAAAUCCACAAUUUGUUAUCAAAGAGGAUGUUCCAUAUCCAGUAGAGCCGGCUGAAGAGGAACAAAGAUGGUUUUACGCUGAAAACCAACCUGAGUUGAAUGCGGAUUACACAAGUUCUACAGAGACAUUUGAUAGAUACUAUCCAAAUGGGGAUCUUGCUAUAGGUCCUGUUGCUACUCCAAUACCUGAUGAUACGUAUGUUGCUCAACCGUCCAGUACAUCAAAGAUAAUCCCAGAAGGAAUACCGAGCGUACGAUCGUCAGAUGUUUGGGUACUAACGAAAGGAUCAAACAAUCAGUAUGCUCCUGAGCGAUGGAUACAAAUUCCUACUAGCAGAGUCGUAGAAGUGGUCAACGCCGAUACCAAUCCCAAAGUGGUACCAGAAAUCGGUAAAUCGAUUCCUCCCCCACCAGCACUGGUAAAAAGCCAAUUUCCAGCCGGUAUUCCUGCUAGUCCAGUUGAGCAAGUUUGGGUUAAAGCACCCAACUUUGCUAGAAAUCAAAAAGUUUACACAAACGCAGCUCCGGUUCUAGAAGCAGGAAACCAGAAAGUUUACACAAACGUAGCUCCAGUUCUUGAAGCAGGAAACCAGAAAGUUUACACAAACGCAGCUCCAGCAUUUGAAGCAGAAAACCAAAAAGUUUACACAAACGCAGCUCCAGCAUUUGAAGCAAGAAACCAAAAAGUUUACACAAACGCAGCUCCAGCAUUUGAAGCAGGAAACCAAAAAGUUUACACAAACGCAGCUCCAGCAUUUGAAGCAGGAAACCAAAAAGGUUACACAAACGCAGCUCCAGCAUUUGAAGCAGGAAACCAAAAAGUUUACACAAACGCAGCUCCAGCAUUUGAAGCAGGAAACCAAAAAGUUUACACAAACGCGGCUUCAGCAUUUAAAGCAGGAAACCAAAAAGUUUACACAAACGCAGCUCCAGUAUUUGAAGCAGGAAACCAGAAAGUGUACACAAACGGAGCUACAGUACUUGAAGAAGUACCACCUGUACAAGAAAUUAGAGAAUUUCCCUCUCCACCAGUUAAGCAAGCUGUAGAAAUACCAGCUCCACGCAUAAAACAAUACGUAGAAUUACCCCCAGAAAAUGUCAGGCAAAUUGUUGAUUAUGCAGCGCCAAGUGUAAAGGAAGUGUAUCAACCUCAGAUAACUAAAAAUAUGUAUCCUCCUCCCCCACCUCCUCCCAAAACAAUUCAGCAAGUUGCACAAAUACCUAAAAAGGGCACACAAUUUACAUUGCCACCACCUCCUCCUCCUCCAGUUAAAGGCUCCGAUAUACCUGGCUUAAAACAAUACAUACCUAACGCACCAAUAAGCGCUCCUGUUGUUCGAGAAAAAUCUGGACCUAUAUACGUUAGAGAAAAGACAAUGCGUGCUUUAAGACACAUAUGGAUUCCUACUUCAGCUCAAACUGGUAAAUUUUUGUCAGUUCCAGUUGGUGAUGCGAUUGAAUCGGGUAAGUCUGUUCCUGACAAAGGAGCUCCUGUUAAUGCUCCCCCUGUAAUAUCUGAUACAUGGGUUUUAAAACAGGAAGGCUCUCUUCCUAGAUUUGAGCCACAAAAAGUUUCUAUUUCAAUGCCCAUUGCUCAAGAAAGAAUUGUAGUUCAGUCUCAACCAGCUAUUCAGAUAGCUUCCCCAAAGAAUUUACCAAUCUCUGGGAAAAGCAUAGAUUCUGCUGUACCACUUGACGUCUGGCUCGCAAGAAAAAACAUAUAUGAUGCAAAUUUAGCUGGGAAAUCACAAAUUACAGUUCCAGCUUUCCCAGUCAAAGGUCAAAAGUCAGAACCAUCGAUAGUCGGAAAAGGAGAACCAACUCCUUUCGUAUCUCAAAAGUCCAUUUUUCCAGGUUCAAAAUCUAUACCACCUCCUCCUCCUCCAGCUCCACUGUUACCUCCACCAACGGUACCUGUUAUAAAUGGUAAACCAUGUCCUAUUCCUCCUCCUGUAAAACAAGCUUAUCAACCAAAAGGGAUUCCAUUGCCAGUUUUACAGAGACCGCAAAGUAUUAAACGCCCGCCUCUAAGUCGGAUAAUUCGGAUAAAUAGAAGACCUUACGGCUCUUAUUAUGUGUUAAACAAUAGACUUCGGCCUAGUUUUUAUUCUUAUCCAAGACAAUCGAACAUUUUACCACAGAGUAAAAGUGGUAUGGUCCGUUUGAUACCGGCAAAUCCUAUAACUGUACCUGUUCGUCCCCGGCAAUUUACAUUACCAGCUACAAAGGCUUCAAGUCCUUUGAUGUAUCCUCAGCUACAACCAAUAAGCCGUGUAAGAUAUGCUUAUCCUUGGGGUAACUAUCUGCGUUCAUACGCUUUACCAGGAAGAAAUGUAUUUCUUCCUCAAGGGUUGAUCAAAGGAGAUAUCUUAAAAUUUGGUUCAUCGGAGUCUAGUUCUUCUGAAAGUUCUGAAUCUAAAGAAGAAAAAAAAGAGAGAAAGAAAGAAAAGAAAAAAGAAGCUAAAAAAGAGGCAAAAAAAGAAGCUAAGAAAGAGGAAAGUGAAGAAAAGAAAUCAGAAAUAGAGGAAAGUGAGUCGGCUGAAGUAAAAGAGGAAAAAGAAUCAGAAGCAGAACCAUCAAAAGAGAGUGAGAAGGAAAACGAAGAAGCAGCAGCAUCCGAACCUCAGGAGAGUAUAGAAGUUGCAGAGAGUCAGCUAGCACUUCAGGCAAAAACGGUUCCUGACGCAGCUCCAAAUGCAGAUCAAAAUAUGAAGCUUCUUCCAAACCCUUAUUUGUUUGGAUACAGGCAAAGUGAUAGCUCAGGCAGGAAACAACAUCGCCAAGAAGCUUCAGAUAGUGACGGUAGGGUAACAGGCGAAUACGGAUUCACUGACAGAGGUAUCUAUCGUUUAGUUAGUUAUACUGCUGAUGAAAAUGGGUAUAGAGCUCAUGUCAUAACUAAUGAACCUGGCACUGUUAGCCAUACAAGUGCUGAUGUAAAUUCAAUUUCAAAUUGGCGUCCUGAGAACACAACGGUUUUGGAACAAUCACCGGGAAAAACAGAGGUAACGACGGAAGUUGAUUCAUCUCUUCUAAACAGAGACAGAUAAUUUUCGGUUGUAAAAUUCGUAAGAAUGUAAAACAUCAUUUUCCACCGAUUAUUUCGAUACUGAAAAACAUUCACAUCUGAAAUCAGUUGCAAUAGACCAUUUUUAUAGUUAUCUACCACAAAUGAAGUCAACUAAAUGUGUUUCCAUUUUUUCUUCAUGAACUUAUGUUAACUUGAAUUGAUGAAACUGAGAGCUUUUUUCUGCAAAAUUUAUUUUGUUCCUUCUUUUUGUUUUACAUACGCAUAAAAUCAAGAGAUUAACUAGAAUCUUUCACUGUUUCGGACAUUUUAAAUUGAAAAUCACGCGCCAUCAUUAUUAAUGUUCUUUUUCACAACCUCUACUAUUUUUUUUUUUUUAAUUUAAAUUGACAAUUUCAUGCUUUCAGCUUUAAAAAUGCAACAAGCUUUUUGAAGAACACAACCUGCCAAGUUUAUUAGGGCUUUUCUGCAAAUUUUGUACAAUGAUUAACAAAAAAUAACAUUAAAAUAUAGAUACAAAAAUGUAUAAUUCCGAAAAAACAUAGCCUUUACUAAAUGAAAAAUAAAAAUACCUCGGAAAGCCAAAUUUUAUCCUUUUUACCCAUAUAAUUUCAUCGUUUGAGAGUAUUUUUAAGGCGAGUAUAUUUUUGAUUCAACAAACACUAAUAAUGAAGGAAAGAAUAUGAAAUAGAGCAACAAAUAUUAAAGUUUAUUCAAAGUGAACUUAGUAAAGCACUUACCUUAAACAUUAUAUAUCGAUUGGGAACUCACAAUAAAUGUGACUGAAAAUGCAUAUUAAAUAGUUUUUUGUGCAUAACAAGUGAUAAAUACUUUUAAAAAAAAUGUUGGUCAGGCUUAAAUUAUAAUCUUAUCUGCCAAGAACAAGUUGGAGUUUUCAUAAAUUUUAUUUAUGCAACGUUAAGUAUUGAUGUUUUAAACGGUUUACUUGUCUUCGUUUUACUUGUACGCAAAUUACCGAGAAAAAAAUUAUAUUUAGUUCAAAGACAGUAAUUUUCGUUUUUAUUGCUAAUCAACUAUUUUUUAAGGACAUGGUUAUAUAACAAAACAGAAUAUUAAAGCAACUCAAAUAGAUCUAUUGCUCACAAAUAGCUGUUUCAAAACUACUUUUUAGUGAACUAAAUUUAUAUUGGACCUUAAAAACUGCAAAUGAAUUAUAUUGUGAUUCAACGGAAUGUGAGUAAAUUUUGUGCAGCAAUGAAACAGCUCAUAUUAGCUGACUGCAUAUUUUUUUGUAACAAUUAUGAAGUCGAAAAAAACAGUUUUUGUAUUUAGUAAUUCAUAAUAAAAUAUUUUACUCUUUGUUUUUAAGCAUAUAUGAGCAAAUACAUUACAUUUUGGCAGAUUUUUUUUCCCAGCUGUAACAUUUCGUCAUGUUUUAGCUAUGCUGUAGAAAAAAUAUUUUUUUUUUUUUUUUUUGCAAUUGAAGACUUUUGCAAUAACGUCACAAAUUAACUUGAAAUGUUAAAAUGUGUUACUCUUACAUAUAGGUUGUUUACAAUGUCCCAGCAACUGAUAACAAUUUUUUUAAAGAGUUUCAGAUUAACACACAAUUCAUUUAUUAUUAUUAUUAUUUUUUUUUUCAUCCUUAUCUCAAAGUGUUUUUUUUCCUCUUACAUACACUAGUAGCCAAAUUGAAACUGGUAGUGAAAAGUCGGAAACCGAAUAUUGCAACGAAGGUAUGCGAAAUGAGAGAAAAAAAAAGAAAACUAGUGCCAUCUUUUACCCUUAAGGUUUUAUAAAUGUCAAGCUGUUUUCACACUGGUCCCGAAUACGACACAUUUAGAGAAAGAUUAAUGGAUGCCAUGUCAUCGGUAACAACAGAUAUGCUAAUACAUGCAUUGGGAGAAGAGCAAGUAAGUGUCAGUCGUUCAGAACUGUUGUUUUUAACAAAUCUAAAUCUGUCAAUCCUUGCACUGUAAAAAAAUUCCGAACCGUUACUGAUCAUUUCCGUGGAACGUUUCGGGAUUUCACAGGGUUUUAUUCAUUUCCUGAGGAAAUCAAGUUCCUUUGUCAAAAAAAUUUCCUGAAUUGAUACAACUCGCACGAAUACGACUUCUCACUGUCGUGAAAAAUAUAUUUAGCUACCAGUAUACAGAUUAACUGAGCUUAGGUAGUUAGUGUAUCGGUUUCAGUUCGAUUACGGACAGUCCCGAGUGACUAAGCUCCCAAUGAGAUCGAAUAACUCGCUGGAAUCCGUAGCUUUAUAAAAAUUGCAGGCGAGUUAGAGUCAUGGUUCUUGCUUUCAGUUCUGUCUUAGCUUUGGCCAUGAUUGCUAUACUGCUUUUACAGCAUUCUUGACAAAGCUGAAAGGUGCCAAUCUAUUAUAUUAAACAUACUUAAGUGUUAAGAUAAAUAAAUACCUUUGUGCUGAACAGUAAAGUAACGUAAAGUAAUAACGUCUAAAAAGCACAAAUUCGCAGAUUAGUGCAGACAUAUGUUUCGGCGUUUCAGGGAACGCCUUUUUCAAUAAAAAUGUCUUUUCAUCCAUAAGCUCAUUACGUUUUGCAUUGAAAAAAGCGUUCCCUGAAACGCCGAUACAUAUGUCUGCAGUAAUCUGCGAAUUUGUGAUUUUUAGACGUUGUUACUUUACGUUACACUACUUAAGUGUUCCCUGAAGAUUCCAGAUGCUAUUGACUGUCUUGAUUGAGCUACGAUUGACUUUAACCAGGGAAAUUACUGAAUUUUUCUGAAUGAGUCCUGGAUAAUAUCAGUAAGGUUACUGGAUUUUAGAAGAAAACAUUUCUGUUUUUUGCAAGAUACGUUACUUGCAGAAAUUGGGCACAUCAGCUGCCGAUCAUUUUCCAUUAACGUUUCUGAAUUGUUUUUACAGUGUGUAGGGCAGCUCAAAGUCAUGUAAGGAAGGAUAUAACUAAGGCUCCACUUUAUAUGAAGGUAAGCUCUAGAGGCACUUAUGCUUGGUGCGAAGUUAAAUACAGUUUAAAUUUCUCAGAACUACGAAGACGCUCAUGUAUUAACGUUGCGCAUGCGAUUAACGCGUGUAUUAUCACUGUGGUAAAAAUUUUAUGAGAUAAGAAACAAAAUAAAAGAGUUAUGCACAAACCUGAGAAUUUUUUUAAAAAUUAUUAUUCUUCAUCAUUGCAAGAAUUUAGGUACAAAAAACCUGCACUUCUUAUGAUAGAUAUUUUUAGAACACUGAAAACAAUCGUUAUCGUAACCUUCCAAAAAAUGCAUAGCAAUGAAGUUAUUAUAUUAUAAUAAAUGUUUCACAUUUUUUGUUAUAUUACCGCGGAAGGUUUUUAGAUUCUUCCAUAUUUGAAUAUUUAUUCGCCUGUUUACACCUUUAAUUGCCUGCCCAGUGCACUUUUAUAGUGAAAAAAUAUGACAUCUAACUUACGCUAAAAAAUAUUUUUUCCGAACAUUUUUAAAGUUCAUUGUUGCGUAUAAAACCAAAUUUGAAUUUAAAUAAAAUAAAUGAAAACAUUAUUUUUAUAGCUGAAUGUUAAAACUAAUUAUAAAAACUACAAAGUUUUAGUUUUGUGACCAUUAGAACUUAAAAAGGGAAGCUAAGGAGUAUUUUUAAAUGGUUUGCUAAUUUUCUACCAAAAAUUAAAAUUCAUUCAUCUUGGUAAAAAUCGCCCCUCACCCAAUUACCACCAAUCACCAUCCUCACCACCACGCACUAAGCGGUCAAAUUCUCAUUUUUCAUGCAAAACAUUAGGAUAACUUGGUAUUUUUCCUGUUUAUUAACUGCUUCUCAGAAAAUAGCCUAUUUUCUGUACUUUCAAAUAAAGAAAAAAGUCUUGUCUAUAAAAUUAAUUCUUAACAUAUAGAUUUGCAUGCAUGAAUAAAAACACGCAAACUUCAAGAUGCUGAAUUUUCAAUACUGCAAAUGAGCUGGUGGGACACAAAAAUCUAUGAUGACAAAAUGAGAGUGUGGAAAAUCACAGAAUUUCAGAGCGUCUAAAUUUUGAUUUGUUCCUUUGUUCAAAGUUUGUAGAUAAAUAAACUGGAUUUUUUAAAGCUAUUUGCUCCUAUGUAAAUUUUUGUACUGAGUGAAAAAUAAAUUUUAAUAUAUGAAAAUA